ACAAGAAUCUCUAUUUACUAUAAUAAGUCCAGCAACGAAGCAAAGAAGUUAUAGCUCUAUACACGCACACACCUCGAAAACCGCAAUGGAACUAGCCGGUUUAAGCUUCCUUAAGAUCUCUUUCCUCCUCAGCCUCCUCUCCGGCGUUUCAGACUUUCUAAACCCAAUAUCCGAACCCGGUCAUGUUGGGAAGUUCCCGCCGUCGUGUAACAGAAUCGAGUGCCCAAACUACGAGCUGGUCCACGCGGGAAACGGGUACGAGAUUCGCCGGUACGACACAACUGUCUGGAUUUCCACCGAACCGAUUCAAGACAUCUCUCUAGUCGAUGCCACGAGAACAGCUUUCUUCCAGUUGUUUAAUUACAUACAAGGGAAGAACGAGUAUCACCAGAAGAUUGAGAUGACAGCUCCGGUGAUCAGCCAAGUCUCACCGAGCGACGGUCCUUUCUGCGAAUCUUCCUUCACUGUCUCCUUCUACGUCCCCAAAAAGAACCAGCCCGAUCCAGCUCCCGCGGAGAAUCUCCACAUCCAGAAAUGGACGCCUAGGUACGUGGCCGUGAGACAGUUCAGCGGCUUCGUCUCCGACUCAACAGUCGGAGAAGAAGCCGCGGCGCUGUCCGCUAGCCUCCAAGGCACGGCUUGGGCUAACGCGAUAGAGAAAAGCAAAGAAGACGGUGGUGUUGGGGCCGAUUCGGCUUACACGGUUGCUCAGUAUAACUCUCCGUUCGAGUUCACCGGUCGUGUCAAUGAGAUUUGGUUACCCUUUCAAAUGGAAUGAACUCUUUUUUUUUUAAUUAUGUAAUAAAUAAAAAUCAGACAAGAGGUUGUUGAUUAUAUCAUGAAAAGACAAAAUGUUUUCGGUUA